AUGGAUCUGACUCUGAUUCCGAUUCUGAUUCCGAUUCCGAUUCCGAUUCUGAUUCUGACGAUGAUGAUUACAAAACAACUACCAAGAAAUCUACAUCCAAGAAGUGUACCAAAACCACAAAGUCUUCUACCACCAAAUCAACCACGUCCAAGAAAUGUACCAAAACAACUAAAAUUAUUCCUAGUAUCACUCCAACUUGUUCAUUUUCAACUUCUUGUACUACUUCUAAGGUUACCAAAUUAUGGAUUUUUGUAUUUAAGAAAACUUCUUGUACUGUCCUGGAAGUUUGUCCAAGUACCACUGCCGUUUUCACUACAGUGGAAACUACAUCCGUAUCCGCUAUCGAAACCACCGAACCAGAGGAAUCUACUACUACUGAGAUUAGUUCAACAGAAACAUUUCCAGAACAAAUUUCUAGUGAAUCAAUCACUCAGGAAAUUUCAACAGAAGAGAGUUCAACAGAAGAGAGUUCAACAGAAGAGAGUUCAACAGAAGAGAGUUCAACAGAAGAUGAAGAGACAUCUAGUGAAGAAGAGCCACCAAUACCCACUUGGAUUUUAUUCCAUGCGGGACCAAAUCAGUACAAGAAAAGAGAAUUAA